AUGUCCGGCUCACUGAUGCCUAAGGCACAACUUUCGAACAACCCAAAUCCGUUCGCUAAACGUGGAGGUGCGAGAGCGCCACCAGCGCAGCAUGCAGCAUCUGGGUCUGAUGAGACUACCAUCACGAACCCGCUCGAUGAGCAACAACAACUGCUUGUCCAAAGAGAAGAAAACGCUCAGCGUUUUGUACAAAUGGCUGCAACCCUUGAACGCCAGCGUAACUAUGUGUUCACCCCGCCCAGUGUGGAGGAACGUCUACGUCAAGCGGCCGGCCAAACAUUGGCAAUGUGGGUCAUUGGCCAUGGGCCUAAGACUCCUGAGGAGGUAAUGAGCUGCCAGGCAAUUCGUGAGAGGUGCCUGGCACGCCUUGACAUGCAAGCACGUGGUGCACAGGUUCCACCGAUUAAGGGUAUACCCUUUCUCCUGCUCGCAGGCGAAACACCUCAGCAACAUUUUGCUCUAAGGGCUAGUGCCCAUGCGGCGGAUGUGCGUCUCGAACGCAAGAUUCGGUAUGAUUAUGCCAAGCUUAAGGCCAGCGGCCAAUUGCGCAAGCGCACGCGCUAUGCUUCGGCUACUAAGGUAGCCGCGAGUGCUGGUCAGUCUGUGGUCAACAACCCGCCGACCCGCACCACUAGUGGUGGGGAACGGCCUCGGUCUCGAGAUGACCAUGGCCACGAUGCCCAAAAGCAUCCAAAGCAUAUGGGCAGUCUAGCCAAAGGGGUACCUCAAAUUCCCAUGAGUUUUCAGACUCAGGGUACCCACGCCACUUUACCAGAUACUGGUAUUGGCCCUGACGACGACGUCGUUUCAGUAGUCUCUCGACAUGAAAUUGACGACGCCCAUGCUCAUCGAGCAAAGUCGGUGGCGGCCGGUGUACCGGUGGAUACCCACGAGAAAUUGGCUCUCGAAGUGAAGGGUCUUCAAGAGGCCUUGGGUAAGUCCCAGUGA